AUGGACAGGAUCCCUCUCCUGGCAGCAGACACUGUGCAAUAUUCAGGAAGAACUGAUGAGGAUCCCUCGUGGACUGCACCCAAAUUGGUGGCCACACUAGGCGAGGCUGGGCAGCGUCUGGGACUGGAGAGGAGUUCACGCCCGGUGCCCGUGAAACCCCAGACUCUCGGAGUAAGCCCACACCGUACAUGGCAGAACCGUAUCGCGGUUGGCCGGAUUCCCCAGACACCCAGCGGACCGCGGAGUAACAGGAAACCCCGGUUCCUUCAUGCCUUCUGGCAACCGCACGCUCCCAUUGCAAAUGACUUGGGUGUGUUCCGCACGGAGGGUCCAGUUCCAUUCCCGCCCGCCCCGUCGCCUGGCGGACUCCGGCAACGCUUCUCCGGCCACCGACGUCUCCAAAGCCGCUUCCAACCCGUCUCCACGGCUGUUGUGGCUGUGCAAACAAAGCCCCGAGGCCGUCUUGGGGAUGCUUUCCAAGCUGUGUGCCACUUCCAGAAGCCGAAUGGUUCAUCCGCCUUUGGGAGCAACAAGUUUCGCUUUCCUACUCUCAGCGCGCCGGCCGCGGAGGGUCUGUGCGCGGCCACCCUGGCACCGCUGCGAUUCCGGCGCGGACCCGCGUGGCCCAGAGGGAGGGGACCGGCGCGGGGCGGAGGAGGGAAGGGUGCGGGGAACGCCCCGGCCGGCUGGGCAUACCAGGUCGGCGAUCGUGCCAUCUACCCAGGGACCUCUGUCCUUGUCCCCUGGCCUUGCACCGGGGGACCGGGGAGGUCAGGUGCUGGCCCCAGCCGGCGCGUCAAGAAGGAAUGUGGUCGGAGCGAGAGAAAGAGGGCGCUGGCCGCGGGCUUCCAGCACAAGGACACCGAGUACUCGCACCUCACGCGCGUGGCGCCCGCCUACGCCAAGAUGGGCGAGAUGAUGCUCGCCCUGUUCCGCCACCACCACUGGAGCCGCGCCGCGCUGGUCUAUAGCGACGACAAGCUGGAGCGGAACUGCUACUUCACCCUCGAGGGGGUCCACGAGGUCUUCCAGGAGGAGGGUUUGCACACGUCCGCCUACAAUUUCGACGAGACCAAAGACUUGGACCUGGACGACAUCGUGCGCUACAUCCAGGCCAGUGAGCGAGUGGUGAUCAUGUGUGCGAGCAGUGACACCAUCCGGAGCAUCAUGCUGGCAGCACACAGGCACGGCAUGACCAGCGGGGACUACGCCUUCUUCAACAUCGAGCUCUUCAACAGUUCUUCCUACGGAGAUGGCUCGUGGAAGAGAGGAGACAAACACGACUUUGAAGCUAAGCAAGCGUACUCAUCCCUCCAGACAGUCACUCUACUGAGGACAGUGAAACCUGAGUUUGAGAAGUUUUCCAUGGAGGUGAAAAGUUCUGUUGAGAAACAAGGGCUCAAUGAGGAGGAUUACGUUAACAUGUUUGUUGAAGGAUUCCAUGAUGCCAUCCUCCUCUAUGUCCUGGCUCUACAUGAAGUACUCAGAGCUGGUUACAGCAAGAAGGAUGGAGGGAAAAUUAUUCAGCAGACGUGGAACAGAACAUUUGAAGGUAUUGCCGGGCAGGUGUCCAUCGAUGCCAAUGGAGACCGCUACGGGGAUUUCUCUGUGAUCGCCAUGACUGACAUCGAAGCGGGCACCCAGGAGGUUAUUGGUGAUUACUUUGGAAAAGAAGGUCGUUUUGAAAUGCGACCGAACGUCAAAUAUCCUUGGGGCCCUUUAAAACUGAGAAUAGAUGAAACUCGAAUUGUGGAGCACACAAACAGCUCUCCUUGCAAAUCAUGUGGCCUAGAAGAAUCAGCAGUGACAGGAAUUGUUGUGGGGGCCUUACUAGGAGCUGGUUUGCUAAUGGCCUUCUACUUUUUCAGGAAGAAAUACAGAAUAACCAUUGAGAGGCGAAACCAGCAAGAAGAAAGUAACGUUGGAAAACAUCGAGAGUUACGGGAAGAUUCCAUCAGAUCUCAUUUUUCGGUGGCUUAAAGGAAGCUCUUUUUCUUUCUUUCUCCCCCCCUACGUGAGAUUCUUUAAAGAGAUAGAUGGGAUAAAAGACAUCAAUGAAACAGAAGGGACGUUCUUGAAGAAUUUACUCUUUUAAGCAGUUAGUCAUUUCAUUUUAAAAUUUCUUUAGAAGCUCAGGAACUAUUAUUAAUCACCACCUGCCUCCAGUCCUUUCAUCUCAUGAUAAACAAUAUAAUGAUACAGCAUUACUCUGUUAAAUGUUCAAGGGCAUAUGAUUAGAUUUAUGUUUUUAAAAUUUGAUGUCUAUAUCUUGAUGACUUUUGGGGGCAUUUCACUCAAGAAUAUAAAAUGUGGUUUUCUUAAAUGAAAUUGUUUUGUAGCUAGAAUAAAAUCAUUUUUACAAGUAGAAUAUUCUUGGAAAGAAUUUAACACUCCAUAAGAGGCAAAUGUAAUGAAGAAUCUCAAGGUUGGAAAUAUAUCUUUACUUUCUCCAGAGCUGGUGGACAGAUUUGUGGUUGAGGCAUGUGCUCUGUCCUGUGUCUGUAUUCAAGUUUGACUUCGUAUCUAGAAAAAGGAUUUCCUCCCUGUCUCUUUCAGUGUCUCAUAAAUGCUACUUUGGAAAGUUGUAAAUAUUAGUGAGAUAGGACAGUUUAUAGAAGAAAAGCAAGUCUAAAAUGUGUUUCCUUUUUUGAUGUAAAAAAAAGCCUUAUUUCACACUAACAUUUUAUUUUUAAGUAUUUUAUUCUUAUAUUUUGGUAUUAGAAAAUGUGUCUAUUUUUUCAUUUUGAAGAUUAAAUUUCUCGUAUAUU